UUCUAUUAUAAAGAUUUAUAACUUUCUAAAUUUUAAAUUCUAAAAUAUAAAUAAAUACUAUAGAAUUCAACUACUCCUCUGAUUGAACAAUACUUUUGUCAUGAUUUUGAAGCAGAGUCUUCAUACUCAAUAUCACCAACUUAUUUUCUAGGUAUAUCAUCUGAAAAUGAAAAUUAUAAUUCUUCUUGGACUUCUGGGAGCCACAUUGUCAGCCCCGCUUAUCCCACAGAACCUUUUGUCUGCAAGCAACAGCCGUGAGUUACUUAUGAAUCUUAAUAAUGCUCAGCUUGUUCCACUGCAGCUUCAGGGCCCAUUUAAUUCAUGGAUUCCUCCUUUCUCUGGGAUUCUACAACCACAGCAAAUUCAGGCUCAAAUUCCGGAACUCUCCCCAUUCUAUUUACCACCUGUAGACCAGUUUGCUAGACUGUUCCCCAAUCAGAUACCUUUCCCAGGACAGGCCGGUUUUGCCCAAGGAGCCCCGGCAGGCCAGCUGGACCCUUCCCAGCCCCAAACAGCACCACCCACACAGCAAGGCCCUAAUCAGGCGGUGCCCUAUGUAUUCUCCUUCAAAAUGCCUCAAGAGCAAGCACAGAUGUCUCAGUACUACCCAGUUUACAUGCUCCUGCCCUGGGAACAACCUCAGCAAGCAGUCACCCCAUCGCCUCCACGGCCAGGGCAGCAACUAUACGAGGAGCAGAUACCAUUCUAUACUCAACUUGGACGCAUUCCACAACAAGCAGAACCUGCUAUCCCAGGAGGACAGCAGCAAGUAGCUUUUGACCCCAUCCUAGGCAUAGCUCCUGAAAUAGCUGUGAUGCCAGCUGGAGUGGUGCCAUAUUUACAAAAAGAAGUGAAAAACAUUAGGUAUAACAAUGAAGGAGUUUUCAUGCCUUCAACUUCACCAAAACCCAGCACAACCAAAGUUUUCAAUUCUGCUGUAGACCCAACUAUGACCCCAGAGCUCCUGGAAAAGAAGGUAAUCAAAAUUCAUUUUAUGCAAGAAAUUGUUGUCUAAUGGAAAGUACACAAAGUUAGUGCU